ACCAUUAACCCUAAUUAGCCGAACAGGUGUCGUACAAAACUCUGAAACUAGAUCUACAGAUCUCUCGAGCUCACGAUCUCCCCCAAUCCCACAGGGAGAUUUGAAGAUGGUGUCAGACGCUAGCAAGAAGAAGGCUGCUCAGAAGAAAGCUGCUGCCGCCGCGAAAAGAGGCGGUAAAGCUGCAGCCGCUUCUAAAUCGGCCGGUACUUCUUCCAAUGGAGCUGAUAACUUGUCGAGUGGUGUCGAAGCCCUUCAAAUCUCUGAUCGGACGUGCACCGGAAUUCUCUGCUCGCAUCCUCAAUCAAGGGAUAUUCGGAUAGAAUCUCUGUCUGUCACGUUUCAUGGUUACGACCUCAUUGUGGAUUCAAUGUUGGAGCUUAACUAUGGAAGACGUUACGGUCUGCUUGGGUUGAAUGGUUGUGGAAAGUCCACACUUUUAACUGCAAUUGGACUCAGGGAGUUGCCGAUUCCUGAUCACAUGGAUAUCUAUCAUCUCUCCCACGAGAUUGAAGCUACUGACAUGACUUCCCUUGAGGCUGUUAUGAGCUGUGACGAGGAGAGGUUGAAGCUGGAGAAGGAAGUUGAAACUCUGAUUGAGCAGGAUGAUGGAGGGGGAGAGCGUCUUGAUACUAUCUAUGAGCGGUUAGAAGCCAUGGAUGCUUCAACCGCAGAGAAGCGUGCUGCUGAAAUUCUGUUUGGUCUUGGUUUCGACAAGGAAAUGCAGGCCAAGAAAACUAAAGAUUUCUCUGGUGGCUGGAGGAUGAGAAUUGCAUUAGCAAGAGCACUCUUCAUAAUGCCAACGAUCCUUUUGCUUGAUGAGCCGACAAAUCAUUUAGAUUUGGAAGCUUGUGUCUGGUUAGAGGAGAGUCUGAAGAAUUUUGACCGCAUCCUUGUUGUGGUAUCCCACUCACAGGAUUUCUUGAAUGGAGUCUGUACAAACAUCAUCCACAUGCAAAGCAAACAGCUCAAGUACUACACUGGUAACUUUGAUCAGUAUUGCCAGACCCGUUCUGAACUAGAAGAGAACCAGAUGAAACAAUACAGAUGGGAGCAGGAGCAGAUUUCUCACAUGAAGGAGUACAUUGCUCGGUUUGGUCACGGAUCAGCCAAACUUGCUCGUCAGGCACAGAGUAAGGAGAAAACAUUGGCAAAGAUGGAGAGAGGUGGGCUCACAGAAAAGGUCGCCAGGGAUAGCGUUCUCGUUUUCCGUUUCGCUGAUGUCGGGAAGCUUCCACCGCCAGUGCUUCAGUUUGUGGAAGUCUCUUUCGGGUACACACCUGACUACCUCAUAUACAAAAACCUCGACUUUGGUGUCGACUUGGACUCGAGGGUUGCACUUGUUGGACCCAAUGGAGCUGGAAAGAGUACUCUUUUGAAGCUCAUGACUGGUGACUUGCACCCUACUGAAGGAAUGGUUCGGCGUCACAACCACUUGAAGAUUGCUCAGUACCAUCAGCAUCUGGCUGAGAAGCUAGACCUGGAAUUGCCUGCACUUCUCUACAUGAUGCAGGAGUUCCCUGGUAACGAGGAGGAGAAGAUGAGAGCUGCGAUUGGUAGGUUUGGUCUAACAGGAAAGGCCCAGGUUAUGCCGAUGAAGAAUCUAUCUGACGGACAGAGGAGCCGUGUGAUAUUCGCAUGGUUGGCUUAUAAGCAGCCUAACAUGCUUCUGUUGGAUGAGCCGACUAACCAUUUGGACAUUGAGACAAUCGACUCUCUCGCUGAGGCGUUGAACGAGUGGGAUGGUGGUUUGGUUCUGGUGAGUCACGACUUCAGGCUGAUUAACCAAGUGGCUCAUGAGAUAUGGGUGUGUGAGAAACAAUGCAUAACCAAAUGGAACGGUGACAUUAUGGACUUUAAGAAGCACCUCAAGGCUAAAGCUGGACUUGAAGAUUGAAUGUAGAGUCAAGUUUCUCUCCUCUUUUAAGGAAAGAAAAGGAAAAGACUCUAUUGGGUCAUGCCUCGGCUCGGACCUAUGGCAAGAAGGGCGACCGACCGCCCUUCAUUUCUUAGGCCUGCACUUUGCUCUUUUUUUUUUUUUUUUUACUAUUUGUUUGUGAUCGUUUUUUUGAAGGCGAAAGAGAGACAUGGAAAAAGUAAUAUUUUUGGUGGUAUUGUAGAAUCUUUAAUUUUCUCAAAGACAGAUGUUGACGAUUAUGAUAUUAUUUUAAUAUUAAAGCGAAAAUAGUUUCGUA